GAGUGUGUAAAGGAGGAGACUCAGUAGUGUUAUUUAGUCGUGGAUAAAUGCUUGGAUGAAUGCACCUUAGACCGACCCUCUGAUUUCAUGCGAGUCACUCAGAGACGCCGCGAGCGCUGAUCUGAUGCUCAACAGGUCGUUUGCGUUUUAUCACUUUACAGCGGAUCUGCAUUUAUCGUGAGGCUUGCAAAUACAUCUAUGAUGAAUUUCCCGGCGGUUCUGGGGGAUUUCAUUCAGCUGUCAGCGCGUAGCGUUUUACUGUCGCUGGUGGUGUGUUUAAUGCUCAUGUUCUGGCGUCGUUCCGGUCGGCAGCAGUUACCGGGCCCGUUCUCUUGGCCGGUCAUCGGCAACGCGGCUCAGCUCGGUAACUCGCCCCACUUUUACUUCACCCGGAUGGCUCAGAGAUACGGCGACGUGUUUCAGAUCAAGCUGGGCAACCGGCACGUGGUGGUUCUGAACGGAGACGCAAUUAAAGAGGCGCUGAUUAAAAAAGCUGUCGAUUUCGCCGGCAGACCCGAUUUCGCCUCGUUCCGGGUCGUGUCCAACGGGAAAAGCAUGGCGUUCGGUAACUACAGCCAGUGGUGGAAACUGCAUCGGAAGAUCGCGCACAGCACCGUGAGAAACUUUUCCACGGCCAACAUCCACACCAAGCAGACCUUCGAGAAGCACAUCGUGUGCGAGAUCGGAGAGCUCAUCCGCUUGUUUCUGAAUAAAACCAGCGAGCAGCGGUACUUCGAGCCUCACCGGUAUUUGGUGGUGUCUGUGGCGAACACGAUGAGCGCCGUUUGCUUCGGGAACCGGUACUCGUACGACGACGAGGAAUUCCAGCAGGUGGUGGGCAGAAAUGAUCAAUUCACCAAGACAGUCGGAGCUGGGAGCAUCGUGGAUGUGAUGCCCUGGCUGCAGUACUUCCCAAACCCGAUCAAAACGCUGUUUAACCAGUUUAAAGUGCUCAACGAGGAGUUUAACGAAUUCAUUAACUCCAAAGUGGCGGAGCACCGCAAGACUCUUUUGCUGAGCCUCGUCCGUGACAUGACCGAUGCGUUCAUCGUUGCUCUGGAUAAAGGGCUGUCAGGGGGCCCGGGGGUCUUUCUGGAUGAAGAAUACGUGCCACCGACCAUCGCAGACAUUUUUGGGGCCAGUCAAGACACUCUAUCUACAGCUCUACAGUGGAUCAUUCUGUUACUAGUCAGGUAUCCAGAGAUCCAGAAACGCCUUCAAAAGGACGUUGACCAAAUAGCGGAUCGCAGUCGCCUUCCAACCAUUGCAGACCAGCCCCAUCUUCCAUACGUCAUGGCUUUCAUCUACGAAGUCAUGCGAUUCACCUCGUUCAUCCCUGUAACAAUUCCCCACAGCACGACCACGGACACGUCCAUCAACGGCUAUCCCAUUCCUAAAGACACCGUCAUUUUUGUCAACCAGUGGUCUUUGAACCACGACCCGACCAAAUGGGACCAACCAGAGGUAUUUAACCCGCAGCGCUUCCUGUUUGAGGACGGCGCUCUCAACAAAGACCUAACCGCCAACGUGCUGAUCUUCUCCGUGGGGAAGCGUAGAUGCAUUGGAGAAGACGUGUCCAAGAUACAGCUUUUCCUCUUCACGUCCUUGCUGGUCCAUCAGUGUAAUUUUACAGCAGAAACUACUCCCAGCAUGGACUAUGCGUAUGGGCUCACGCUUAAACCCAGACCCUUUAAAGUUUCCGUCACGCUCCGUGACAGCACAGAACUGCUCGAGAGCUUGGUAGGAACAACUCAGACUCCUACACAAGAGAGACAGAGACCUUAAUUUUGAAGGGAAAUCAAAGCAUGCAACUUAAAUACUUUGCCAAAUGAAGGUGGCUAAGAAAACACUGAAGAAUCUCUCAUAUCUGCAUUAUAGAAUUAUAUUUAUAGACGUAAAACUCAGGCAAAAACUGUUUUUUGGCUCAGUAUGGGCUACUGCAAUAACAACACACCCAUUAAUUACUGUACAUGAUGCACUGAUUUAUGGUAUAUUAUGCAAGAAGCAAAGCAGAAGCUACACAAGAGGACAAUGCAUGAUUUAUUCAGACAAAUGCUAGUUGGUUUAGAGUAUUGAGACAUCGAAAUGCAUAACAUUAUUUAGUCAAUCAUUUUGUGUUACUAACUCUAGCCUAAAUAUAGCUUAGCAUAUAUACAUUUAGUCUCAGUUAUGGACAAGUCACCCUCAUCAUGCUACAAUCUUUUAUUUGCAACUUUUUUAUUAAGUGGUUUAAAGUCAACGUGAAACACUGUUCACAAACCAUUUUACUUCCAUUACAUAUUUCUGAACGAAUCAAGAUAUUCGGUGAUCAGUAAACUGGUGCAGUAAUUGAUUUCAUUUGGUUCACAAAAUCAUUAAAAAUAGACGAUUACGGAUAAAAUAACGUAAUAUGCAACACUUAAACAACGUUAAAAAUACGGCUGAUUGCAUUUCAUGUUGACUUUAACACAUUUAGUCGUUUUUAUUAAAGACUGCAUUAAGUUUCGAGUGCGUUUUUUUUUGUUCUGUUGUUGCUUACGGGACUUCAGCUCAAACUAGCCCUAUGCUGCAUUACUAAUAUAAAAUUAGACAUUUGUACAGUAUAAUCUUACAGCACUUUAUUGUUCUUUGUAAUAUUUCCCGAUUCUCACUACAGCAUUGUUGCAAUCUGUGCCUUAUUAUUAGAGACUUCUUAGCAUUAAUCUGUUAUUAAAAUAAACAAAGGCGGGUUUAACACAGUUCACUUCCAUUGUGUUCCCGCAGCAUCCUUCCCAAUCAAAUAUUGUCUGGAGAUCCUCACAGUGGGUCACAGGAAGCCUCCAGUGAAACUAUUCUGAACAUACAUGUUUAUUAUAAGUUGAAUGUGAUAUUUCAUUUUUGGCACAUGAUGUUGUGUAGGUGAAAGGAAAUGCAUUUUGUGUCCCUCGGGUCCCUUCUAGUAAGGGGUAGCCUGAAAGGGAAAUUCAGGGUUUGUUAACUAACAUGUAUAAAGUAUGUUACGAUUACUAAUUUUUGCUCAUUUCUAACUGCUGCAAUAUAUUUUUGAACUGUAAUAGCGAUAUUUGAUCUGCUGUAAUAUAUUUUUGGACUGUAAUAGCACUUCUGUAUUAGAUCUACUAUGUUUUAUAUGCGAAAGAUUAAUAUGUAAGUUUGAUAUGUAGUUCCUACACUGUAAAAAAAAACAACAAAAAAAACAACUUGAGCCAAUUUAAAAUUUUAAGGCAACCAAUUUCCGCUGAUAAGAAAACUCGUAACUCAUAAGCUGAGUCUCAAAACUCAAAAGUCUGCUGAAGCUGGUUGCCUCAAAAUUAGAUUUUUUUUUUUUUUUUUUUUACAGUGUUUAUGUGAUACCAACAUAAUAUUAUAUUUUUCUACUUCAUAUAAGCUCUGACAUUUGGCUGCUCUGUGAAUUUUAAACUGCAUUCAGUUCAUAUAUAUAUAUAUAUAUAUAUAUAUAUAUAUAUAUAUAUAUAUAUAUAUAUAUAUAUAUAUAUAUAAACACACAAUAAAUGUAUAAUCAAAUAUAUAUGUAUUAUUAUUAAUCAAGCUUUUCUGAUAAUAAAUGCAGUAUAACAUUGCUGUCAUAUGCAAUCAAGUUAGUUUUGGGAUUGUUUUCAUCCUGCAACACCUAGACAAAAUGUGAUUAUGUAAAACAAAACGUCUCGUUUUUUGUAUGGAAACAAAAUGUCCUUAAAAUAGCGGCAAAUAAAAAUAACCAUUCUAACUUUAUUGCACACA